AUGUCGCGACCAGGCCGGCAGCUGCAGCGGCUGAGCAGCGACUCAAGCUCCAGCAGCUCCUCCACCUCUCCCGAGCGCGGCGUGGACGACGACAAUGAUUCCUUCAUGCUGCAAGCGAACGACUCGCAGUCCUCGCUCGGAAUAGAGGUGGACCAGGAACCAUCACAUGACGUCGCAGCACGGCUUGCAUACGAAGAACGAUGCCGCGUUUCGCCAGUCGCACGACUGCCAGCAGAAUUACUGAUAAGCAUCUUUGCUCGGCUCAGCGCCAGCAGUGAUCUUAUGAGCUGUAUGCUUGUGAGUAAAGAGUGGGCGCGGAAUAGUGUGGGCUUCUUAUGGCAUCGGCCGGCGAUGAGCAAGUGGGAGUCUAUACAGUCCGUGGUCAAGUCGAUAAGGAGGGCCGACAAGUUCUUUGCAUAUCAGGAUCUGGUCAAGAGGUUGAAUAUGAGUACAUUAGCUGCCCAGGUGGGCGAUGGAUGUCUGAUGGGCAUGGUGGAGUGUAAGAGGGUGGAACGGCUGACGCUUACGAACUGCACGAAACUUACGGACACUUCGCUACGGCCUCUGAUUGACGGGAACAGAAGUUUGCUGGCUCUGGACGUCACAGGUCUCGAUCAGGUGACGGACGUGACGAUGAUGGCGGUGGCGGACAAUUGUCUACGGCUGCAAGGGCUGAACGUAACGAGCUGCAAGAAGAUUACAGAUGCUUCUAUAUCAGCUGUUGCGAAGAGCUGCCGCCAUGUCAAGAGAUUGAAGUUCAACAAUUGUUCACAACUUACGGACAAGGCGAUCAUGACUGUGGCUGCGCAUAGCUCGCAUCUGCUGGAGAUUGAUCUGCAUGCUCUACUGAACAUUGAGAGCCCUGCCAUUACUGCCCUUCUCACGUCCUGCCCGCAUCUGCGAGAAGUGCGGCUAGCACACUGCACGCGAAUCAACGACUUCGCAUUCCUGGACAUCCCGAGCAAUCCCGAAGCACCAUUCACCCUAGACGCUCUCCGCAUACUUGACCUGACAGACUGCAACGAGCUAGGCGAUAAGGGCGUCGAGAAAAUCAUCGAAACAUGUCCACGACUCCGCAAUCUAAUCCUCGCAAAGUGCCGCCACAUCACCGACCGAGCCGUCCUGGCAAUCACCAAGCUAGGCAAAAAUCUCCACUACAUCCACCUCGGCCACUGCCAACGAAUCACGGAUCUAUCAGUCGAAGCGCUCGCAAGAUCCUGCAAUCGUAUACGAUAUAUUGACUUGGCAUGCUGCAGCAAUCUCACUGAUGUUAGCAUUACGAAGCUGGCGAGCUUGCCGAAGCUGAAGAGGAUAGGGCUGGUGAAGUGUGCGGGGAUUACGGAUGCGAGUAUUUAUUCGUUGGCUAUGGGGGAGGUAAAAAAUGGAAAGAGGGUCAAUGGGGCGAGUGUGCUUGAGAGGGUACAUUUGAGCUAUUGUACUCUUUUGACACUUGAUGGCAUCCGUGUCCUCCUAACGAAUUGCCUAAAACUCACCCAUCUCUCCCUGACAGGCGUCCAAGCCUUCCUCCGCGAUGACCUCCUGGCCUUCUGCCGCGAAGCCCCAUCCGAAUUCAACGACCACCAACGAGACGUCUUCUGCGUCUUCUCCGGCACUGGCGUCGGUCGUCUGCGCGAGCAUCUCAAGAACGAGAAGGCGGCGCAAGUCAUUGGCGACACGGACUCUGUCACACCAAGCAUGGGCGACCGUAUCGAUGAUGACUUGGGACUGGACGGCGAUGGUGACGAUGAGAACACUGGUGUCGAUAGUGAUGGGAGUAACACUCCCGUCAUCAGUCUCGACGUCCACGGAUCGCACCGGGAUGGCCAGACGCCUAUCCUCCACGGACCGAGUUCGGGCAGCAAUUCGGGGGUAUUAUUUGCCGCUGGCCAGCACCAUCACGGCUAUCAAUAUCAGCCACACCUCUACCCCUGGACCUCUUCCGCUCACGCCGGACCCAGCGACCCAUCAGGCGCCGCGGCAAAUUUUAGUCAAAGUGCGCCGGCUUCUACGAGUUUCAUGCCUUAUACUUUCUGGUCCCACGGCAGUAAUCACGGUGGUGUGGGGAGUUCGAGCCAGGCGCCACAGUCGGUGUAUCAUGAUCCCAGUCACGGUAUGGGGGCGAUGGAUGUGCCGGCUGGAAAUGGUGGACAGGGUGGUGGUGCGCAGCAUGUCACGGGCAUGAUGAGUGCGGCUGUCCUCGAUGAUGUUGAUGAAGGGGAUGAGGCGUUUGGGGAGGGGAGCGAGAUUAUUGAUUAG